CCUGAGGCGACCACCGGCAUGGCCAGACUCUCCUUUUCGCGCCGCCCAUCGCGAGGCCAUCCGUAUCAGUAUCAACCUGUUCAAGACACUCAACACCCUGCUGUUCUGCAUCGAGUCUUCCGCAUUCCAGUAAUCAUACCCAUCCUCCUCGUGCUCACGCUCCUCGCAGCCGGAGUCGCCAUCAUGGGUGAAUCCCUCGCGUCUGCUAGUGCUUCUGCUCCCGCAGAAUCGCACUUCCAAUUCUCCACGGUCUCGGGGUACUUUCUCCAGGAUGAUCCCAAUACGGAUCCGGAGCAGUUCGACUACUCCGCCACCAACUUCGGCCUCAUUCCCCGGGCCUACGAGGCAGACCCCGACUUCGAUUCAGAGCAGAAGCGCACCCAAUGGGAGCGGUUCGCUACCGAAGUCCACCGGUUAAACCGCGACAGCGCGUCCAACGUGUUCUACAAGGUCCUCUUUUUGGGCCGACACGGUGAAGGCCUGCAUAAUGUUGCUGAGGCGCGGUAUGGGACUGAAUUGUGGGAUUGCUACUGGUCCAUCCAAGACGGCGACGAAACAGGCUCAUGGGUCGACGCCCGUCUCACUGAUCUGGGCAUCGCGCAAGCUGAGCUCGCCCACCGCACGUGGGAAAAGCAGAUUGAAACUGGCAUCCCGGCCCCACAGUCUUACUACGUCAGCCCGUUGAACAGGUGUCUCGCGACGGCGAGUAUCACCUUUAAGGGGUUGAAUAUGCCGCUUACGGAUCCAUUUCAGCCGCUGAUCAAAGAGAACCUCCGCGAAACUCUCGGCCUCCACACCUGCGACAGCCGCUCCACCAAAACAGCCAUCACCACUGAAUACCCAGAGUACAAAAUCGAGCCAGGCUUCGCAGAGACAGACCCGCUGUACGACCCCAAGCUCCGCGAGAGCAACUCCGCGCGCGACGCCCGUCUGCUCGGCUUUCUGCAGGAUGUGUUCGCGCACGACGACAACACCUUCCUGUCGAUGACGGCGCACUCGGGCGCUAUAACUAGUAUUUUGGAGGUCACGGGGCAUAGGGUGUUUGCGCUGUCUACUGGGGGGGUGAUUCCUGUCUUGGUGAGGGCGGAGCGUGUGGAUGGGCCUUUGCCGCCUAGGGAGGUGGAGCCGCCUUUUCCGGCGCCGGUUUGUAAAUAGAUAAUUCUUCUUUGGAUGGAGGAGUAGUUGGAUAUUCUUUCUUCUUCGCCUUCUUCUUGUUCAUUAUUAAGCUGGUUACAUAUAUCAGAGGUGUACAAUAUUUACUACGGUGUAAUUCUAGAAACGAAU